AUGCCGUUCUUGCCAUCGGUGGCCAUACGCCAAUGCACCACCAGAGGCACUCGCAUAGUGCUUACCGGCCGUCCAGGCUGGCAAACACGAUGCGCAUCUAGCUCAUCACCCCCGCCCACGCUCAACAAUCUCCCCGAGUCACGAUUAAACCCUAGCCCCGACGAUUACGCCUCUCCCAACUUUGCGGACAAGGCCGAACUGACUAUCUACGCUGGGAGAGGCGGCAAUGGCUGCGUCUCUUUCCUCCGCGAAGCUUUCUUGCCCGAUGGCCCUCCCAACGGCGGCGAUGGUGGAGCAGGAGGAAACAUAUACAUCCAGGCGGCCCAUGGCGAAACAUCAUUGCAUAAGCUAGCCAGGAGACGCUUCAUUCGUGCAGGUCGCGGCAAACACGGCCAGGGGAGUGCAAAGGGUGGUUCACGCGGGGAAGACGUCAUCAUAACCGUACCGGUGGGAACGAUAGUGCGAGAGCUUGAAAGGGAAGAUCCUGCCGGCGAAGAAGCUAUGAACAUCAAAGCGUACAGGGCAUUGCAAAAGCAACGGAGAAGGAAGGAAAUGCUUCUCCAAGAAGAAGAAAAAAGACGCGAGAGUGUGGAAGAGGCACAAGACGGCGAGAUUCUCGACAGAAAAGGUCGUCUGAAACCAGUACCCGACGAUGAAGACCAAGACCUCGAACUCGAUGACCCAACCCGUCAAAAAUGGCUCUUAUACCCCGGGAUGUCCAAGUCCGAAAUGAAAAGCACUUCAUUUCCACGUCUGCCGCGCCGUCACCCUUUCCUCCAACAACCACCUGCCCCGAUCUAUCUCGACCUAUCCCGCCCUACACCUCGACCCAUACUCCUCGCCGCAGGUGGGAUCGGUGGCCUAGGAAACCCACACUUUACAUCGCGCGAGCACCCCAAGCCAGUCUUUGCUACAAAAGGCGAAGAGGCGGUUUCUAUGAAACUCAUACUGGAGCUGAAGCUGCUGGCGGACGUCGGACUUGUUGGUCUUCCGAACGCGGGUAAAAGCACGUUGCUGCGAGCGUUGACGAAUAGCCGUACAAGAGUGGGCAGCUGGGCAUUCACGACGUUGCAGCCAAACAUAGGGACCGUGGUGUUGGAUAAAUAUUCAGGGCAGCCUACCGCACGAAGUCAUCGGAAACCGAGCGUAGAAACAGACGAGUCCUCCGGCGCAGCCCUCGAGCCUAGGACGAGAUUCACCGUCGCGGAUAUCCCGGGUCUUAUCGAGGGCGCUCAUCUCGACCGCGGACUAGGAAUAGCCUUUCUGCGGCACGUCGAACGAGCAGGCGUACUGGCCUUCGUGAUCGACCUGGCCGCAGGGAAUGCCGUAACGGCUCUCAACGCAUUAUGGCGCGAGGUCGGUCUCUAUGCUCAGAUGCGAGAUGAGGAAGACCGUGAUCGCGAGGCCGAGUCCCGCGUGGACUGGGAUUUUGCAUCAGAUUCUUCCCGGGGGCCGAUUAACCUUAUGAAUGCAGAGUACGCUAGCCCCUCGGCCUUUGAAGAAGGUUCGACACAAUCGGGGCUUCACAUUGCUGGGAAGCCGUGGUUUGUAGUCGCCACAAAGGCGGAUCUACCCAACACGCAGGAGAACUUCAAGGAGCUGAAAGCAUAUCUGGAUAAGAUAACAAAUGGGGAGGUUGCGCACCCUAGUGGUGUGGAGGGCGCUUGGACGAAAAAUUGCGCUGCUAUUCCCGUGAGUGCGAUUCACGCGCAGGGUGUGGAUAGGAUAGUUCAUUGGACUGUAGGAUUGCUGGACGAGUAG